AUGCCCGGCAUGGGUGGUGAUCUCAGCCUAUCCCAAUCCCUGGGAGGGCUCCGAAUAGCAAAUCCAGAUGAUUCUCCUCUACCGGAGGACGCGACCGACCCUGGUGCGAGCCCAUGCGGUCCCACGGGCGGUGCGGCGUCAACACCUCCUCAGAUACCCGAGUCGGACGACCGUCCUACACCUUUUCCCGCUGCACCCGUCGAGCCUCCUACAGCGCACGAGAAUCGACUCCCCGUCCAACCGUUCCCCGAGGUUCCUCAAUACUCCGCGAGUCAAUAUCAGGCCUACUCUGCUCUACCGCACUCAACCCCUCCGAACCCCAACCGCCCCCUGUCCUCCGUCUACACCAACGGCUCUGCGCCGUCCGCUCUUCCCCGAGACAACUCGUAUCGCAUGCGAACCGAUUCGGGUGCCUCCUCGACCUCGACUUCACAUUCCCGCUUAAUCUCCCGUGACGGGAACUCCGCUUUGCAAGCGGGCGUCCCCGCGCGCGAUAACUCCCACAGCGACCGUUCCUACAGAACAGCACAGAUUCCGGCCAAUGGACCGGCUGUGAUGCGUCAAUCGUCCCGAGCACACGCACGAGGUACAGCAACGCCUCAGAUGUCCCGCACACCCUACGGCAUGGAGAACGGACCGGCACCCAGCAGCGAUGAUUGGCAGGAUCGCGGCGCCGCAGUGUCCGUGAGACAAGAGGUUGAUGCCAAUGGAAAGACGGUCGCUCGCUAUAUCAAGAAGGGAGUCCGUGACUUUAACUUCGGAAACACUCUCGGAGAGGGCUCCUACAGUACCGUGGUAUUUGCGACGGACCGACAAACGCUGAAGGAAUACGCAAUCAAGAUUCUCGACAAGCGACAUAUCAUCAAGGAGAAGAAGGUUAAAUACGUCAAUAUCGAGAAGGACACCUUGAAUCGCCUGACCGAUCACCCCGGCAUCGUGCGACUCUACUACACCUUCCAGGAUGAGCGAUCGCUCUAUUUCGUGCUGGACCUUGCGAAAGGAGGCGAGCUCCUUGGGGUUCUCAAACGAAUGAGCACCUUUGAUGAAGAAUGUACGAGGUUUUACGGCGCUCAGAUUCUCGAUACAAUUGACUAUAUGCACAAGCGUGGAGUUAUUCAUAGGGAUUUAAAGCCGGAGAACGUGCUGCUUGACCAUCAGAUGCACGUCAAGAUCACUGAUUUCGGUACCGCAAAAAUUCUCAAGAUGCCACGACGACCAGACGAGAGCACGAGCAGCAUCCCGCAACUCGACUCAACCGACAUCCCCGAGGAAGAACGGGCGAGCUCUUUCGUGGGCACCGCGGAAUACGUCAGUCCGGAACUUUUGACAGAUAAGAAUGCCUGCAAAGCCAGUGAUCUGUGGGCAUUUGGCUGUAUCAUUUACCAACUCCUAGCUGGCCGACCACCCUUCAAAGCGGGCAAUGAGUAUCAGACGUUCCAGAAAAUCGUUGCGCUGGACUAUGAAUUCCCAAUCGGGUUCCCCGCUGUUGCUCGGGAUCUAGUCGAGCGUCUGCUUGUCCUGGAUCCUGCCCGACGCCUGCAAAUUGAACACAUUAAGAACCAUGAGUUCUUCGAUGGUAUUUCUUGGGGAACGGAUAUGUGGAAGCAGAAGGCCCCUCGUUUGAAGGCCUAUGUGCCACCUGCACGUGAACCGAUCAAAUUGAACGGCGGCGAAGGUGGUGAGAGCUUGCCUCCGACCAUCUCAACGGCCCCGUCAAACGCACCAAAUGCCAGUACUCGCGCCCUCCCUCGAGUCGUCACCGAACUGCCCCCACCUAGUCAGCUUGACAUCGAAUGGUCGCCUGUGCUGAGCAAAUCUAAUGAGCGAAUUUUGAAAUUGGGAAAUCUGGUGGUGCUAUCUUCUCCGGCAUCUCACAGUCCAACAUCAAAGAACGGUAGUGGCGAGAUUGAAGCUCCCAAGAAGCUCUCCCGUUUCUUCUCAAGUACAGCGGUCAAGAAGCGACAGCGGUUGGUGAUGGUCACGUCGUCUGCCCGUAUCAUCCUGGUUGCAGCUGGUGGCGACGAGAAGAAGGCAAAAUUGGAAAUCUCUCUCCUCGCUCCGGGCACCCAUUAUCGGAGUACGACCGAUGCCAAAGGUCACUCGUCCUGGAUUGUGGAUACGAGAGAGAAACACUACGUCUUUGAGGACCCUAAACCGUCUUCGAGCAACAUUGGUUCCACUGCAGUUUCAGCCCAAGAAUGGCUUGACGCGCUGGAUCGGGCUCGGGAGAUGGGGUUGACUCAACAAGGCGGGUCUUACUCCGCCGAUGAUGCAUUCCGCGACCUUUCUUCCGGAUUCUCUAGUCACGCCAACACUCUUGAACGCAACUCAGAGCUACAGAGUGAGCACGGCUCUCAUCAACCGGGACGUCUGAUCAAGCACCAGGCCACCGACAUGGAGUCGACGAAGGGGAGAAAGAGAUUCAGCAGACGUCAUUCUAAGAACGGUCUCGCUGCGGUCUUCUAA